AUGGUACGCAACUACAGAAGAAAGACCACCGAUAAUAAAAAAUAUACGGAGGACAAUCUAGUAUUAGCUAUUGAUGAAGCCAAAAGAACAACAGUUUACAGAGUUUCUGAUGGAAUUCCUUACGUUACAUUACAUUCCCGAAUCAAAGGUAUACGUGGAGCAAAGCAAGGCAAGAAGAAGUUACCAGGACCAUCAAAAAUUUGCCAGCAGCGUGUCUCAUUUGAAGAUCUUUUGUUAUCUGCAAUCAAACAAACUCCAAUGCCAACGACACAGAAAAAACUAAAAUAUGUCCCGAAGCUUGACUUCCCAGUUUGCUUUGGGGUCUAUAAUUUAUAG